UGGACAGCGGCUGCACGGCGGCUCCUCUCCCCGGCAAAACCGGCCGGAGAGAAAGCUGAACGGGGCCGAUCGACAUGCGGGAGCGGCUUCACCUCAUCAGCGGCUGAGCGGGAUACAAGGAGCGCAAAGAUGACCGAGGGCAGACUGUGCCAAGUGCAGCUGCUGGACGACAGGAAGCUAGAGCUGCUGGUUCAGCCAAAGCUGCUGUCGUACGAACUCCUCGACUUGGUUUCCUCCCACUUCAACCUCAAAGAGAAGGAAUUCUUUGGACUCGCAUUUUUUGAUGACAAUGGCCAACGUAAGUGGUUGCAGAUGGAUCGCAGAGUUCUUGAACAUGACUUUUCGAAGAAGUCUGGGCCCAUUGCCCUAAGCUUCCUGGUCAGGUUUUAUGUAGAAAACAUAACACAGCUUAAGGACAUCAUAACGGUGGAGCUAUUCUUCCUGAAUGCCAAAUCUGCCGUCUACAACGAGAUUAUAGAAGUGGAAAGUGAGAAUGUCUUCAAAUUAGCUGCAAAUGCUUUGCAGGAAGCGAAGGGAGACUACACAAGUGAUGAAAACACUAGAGCUGACUUGAAGAAACUACCAACUCUUCCCACCAAAGUACUCAAGGAACACCCGUCACUUGCAUACUGUGAGGAUCGAGUAAUUGAAUAUUAUAAACAGCUGAAAGGAGUCUCCCGAGGACAGGCCAUUGUGCAGUAUUUGACGUUGGUGGAAUCGUUGCCCACGUAUGGCGUGCAUUAUUAUGAAGUUAAGGAUAAACAAGGGAUCCCGUGGUGGCUUGGGAUCAGCUAUAAGGGGAUUGGCCAGUACGACCUGCAGGAUAAAUUGAAACCUCGAAAGCUUUACCAGUGGAAACAGCUGGAAAACUUGUACUUUCGGGAGAAGAAAUUUGCAGUAGAAGUUAAUGAUCCACACAGGAGAGCAGUAACCAAGCGCACUUUUGGGCAGACGGGCCUACUCAUCCACACGUGGUAUGCCAGCCAUUCUUUGAUCAAAACCAUUUGGGUCAUGGCGAUCAGCCAGCACCAGUUCUACUUGGACAGAAAGCAAAGCAAAGCUAAAUUAGGAACAGCAAGAAGUUUGGAGGAAAUUGCCAUGGAUCUCACUGAGCACGGAGGAGCGAAAAUAAACAGACUGGGAGAUGCUGGCCUGAAGAAUAACUUAAUAACAGCCAGCAAUGGGAGCCUGGUGUCCACAGGUUCUGCAGACUCUGAAAUGAGUGAAGAACAGAAGAAGGAGAAGCUUUCCGAGCUGAGAAAAAAAGAGCAGGAGAUCCAAGAUAUUUUGGCCAAGAAAACAAAGGAACUGAAGAAGAUUUGCCUGAGAGAGGCGGAGCUUACUGGCAAGCUGCCAAAGGAGUAUCCCCUCUCUUCAGGUGAAAGACCGCCACACGUCAGGCGGCGUGUUGGCACCGCUUUCAAGCUAGAUGACCUUUUCCCUUACAAUGAGGAUCCCUUUCUGAGAAACCUGGAGAGCAGAUUUGCCCUGCAGCAAAAGAUUGUGGAGGCGGCGAAGAAGCUUGCAAAUGAGCCAGAACUGUGCAAGACGGUCAAGAAGAAGAGGAGGAGAAACUGUCUGGAUGCCAUGCACAAACUCCAGCAGAUAGAGGAUGAGAUGAACCAGUACCGAAUCAAGAAGGGAAAGAAGCCCACACAGCGGGCCUCAGUGAUCAUUGCAGAUGAACUCGUCCGGUCAGACUGCAGCUCUCUGUCCAGUCUCCCACUGGACGAUGACGAUUCAGACGGCGUCAGUCAGAGGCCGCGGUCACGUUCGGUACAGGGUUCCCCUCAGCUCAGCCCGAUGCGCUCGCUGGGGGCAGAAUACGAUGUGGAAAGACAGGGAUCUCCGAGGGAAAAUCACCAUAACAAGAACCACAGCAGAUUAGCUUUCGAAGGUCAGGAGGCUUCCCACUACUACCAGAAUCCAAGAGAGGUCUCCUCCACCCACAGUAGUCCCUAUAAAACCCUUCCCAGACCUCCUAGAGAUCCACGCAGCAUGCCUCCCACCCCGGUUAUGACCCGCAAUGCCUACAGCAGCAGCCAGCUCAGGUCUGAGGGGUCUCCUCAUUGCUUUAGGCAUCGCAGCGGAAGUCUGGAGUCACAGCCCCGGCUAAGAAAAGACACAGACUCAGAGAAGCCCGUCUUUAUCUUGUCACCAGCCCACCGCAGCAACAGCACAGAGGUGUUAGAGGAUUGCUCGUCCUACACCAGCCAGUCCAGCCUGGACUACUGCGGGGCGGCCAACUCCCACUACAGUACUCUGGACUCCCGCACCUCAACCAUGCAUCGUCUCCACAGGAAGGUGGAAGUGUAUGGAAAUACCGGGAGCAUGCCCAACUUGGUGCAGCACCAUUCUGGUUGUAGUUAUUCAUGCGAGACCUCAGCACACUAUGCGCCCAGUGCCUACUACGUCUCCGGCUACCCCUGCCCGGACAUGGAGCCUUACGCUAACGGUGCCUACGUGUAUGAGAAUGAGGUAGAAGGCCACUACAACGUCAACCCGUCCUACCAAAUAAACGGGUACCAUGGACACGACAGAUUCAGGCACUACAGCAGCGACCGGGCAGACGCUAUUUCCCAGAAUCCCUACGCAACAGUGAGGCCGCCGCGGAGCCGAGAGGGACCCAGAAACGAGCUGCUGGCCAAGAACAUGCAGAAGGCCCUGGUGGCGGAGCACCUGAAAGGCUGGUACCACCGAAGCAGGGGCCACAGGGAGGGAGGGAGGGGGAUGCUGACUGGAUAUGACUUUGACAGCGGCUCUCAACUCAGCCUGGGCUAUCAGACCAUGCCAGCGGCCUUCAGCCACUCCAGCAGAACCACCUCCUUUUCAUCAGUGUCCUCAGUGGAAAGCACAGGAAACUGGCGCAACCAGCUGGCAGUCGGCCUGACGGAGUACGAUUCACUCGACACACCUCAGUACCCACACCCUGGAGCUCCAGUUUCUCCAUACAACCGCAGCCCCACACACAACAGAUCUUCUCCAGAAAACAAAGUGUCUGACACAAUGCCUAAAAAAUCUGAGUCAGUUGAGGUGGUUGGCUCUGAGGCCACUAGUACAGACGAACCAUCAGACAACCAGUCUAGCACUUAAGGGUGAGACCAGCCACAGUGGGCUUCUUCGUGUCGUGUUGCCAAUCAUCCCAUCUUCAUUCGUGUGUUAGUCCUCUAUUGCUUGUUUAACCAAAUCAUCCACCUGAUUUUUCAUCAGGCACAACGUUACUUUUGUGUUUCUUCAGAAAUGUUUCACUCAUUAUCUUGACGAUCAUGCAUCAUCAAGACAAGGCCGUACCUGAGAGGUGUCAAAGAUUAGAAAGUAACAAGACUAAAAUCCUGCAGCCAGGCUUGCACCUCUGUGAGAAUGUACAGUAUUUAGGCAGGGCAGUGCUUUGAGCUAAAUGCUAAUGCUAACAACAGCAUGCUGACAUGCUCACAGUGACAAUCGCUAACGUGCUGAUAUUUAGAUAGUGUACCGCUUACCAUGGUUCCUAUCGUAGCUUGCAUGAUAGCAUGCUAAUAUUUGCUAAUUAGCACUAAACACAAACGACAGCUGAGACUGCUGGGAAUGUCAUUAGUUUUGCAGGUAAACUAAAGUAUUGGACAAAUAAACCUGAAGUUACAAGAGUUCAUCUUGAGGAGAAUGUCAAUGUGCAAAUGUUACGGCAAUCUAUCCAAUAGUUAUCAGGAUAUUUCACCAAAAAGAGACGAUUUCAACCUCAUUAUGGUGCUGGAGGAAUCAAAUGAUCAUAUUUCAUGGGAAUCCAUUCGAUAAUUGAAAAAUUUAAGUCUGGACCAAAGCGAUGGGCUGACUGAUUUUAAUAUCUUUCUGCUAGCGUGGCUAAAAAGCAGGCAGUUUCCAUUUACUCCAUGGAGCCAAAAUCAUGUUGAAUGCCUUCACAAAGUAAUUUGGAGUUUUUGCAUUUCCAUUUCCAUACCUCAGUUUUUUUUCCACAAGGUUCAGUCAUGUGUUGUUUGUUCUCAAACAGCUGAACGACAGUAGACCUGACAUAUUCUUGUGUC